UCCAUUUUACUCCUCUGCUUAACCCUUUAUGUUAACAGUCUCAUACAAGUCUGCUUUGCACAGGCUUAUCCCAGGCUCCUAUCUGACCUGAACACUGUAAAUUUCCAGUCAGGUCCCAGCUGAGAGCUCUGUACCAGGACAGCUCCCGCAGUGAUGCCACCAGCACUGAACGGAGCAGUCUGGUAUUUCCAUACUUGGGAUCAGAUUGAUCUGUGUAUGUGAUAUGAACAAUUUAAGGUCAACAAACCCCUGUUGAGUGCAGUGGAAUAACAAAGCUGAAUUUCCCAUUGAGCAGGCACACUGGAACGAGGAGGUGGAAGGAAUAGAAAACAUAGCAGAAAAAUCACAAAAGGGAGUAUGUAGCUCCACUUCUGAAGCAUUACCCUUUUGACCUUGAAACUGCUGUAAAACUCCCCUGAGGAUAAACAAGACUGAAGAAAAGAAUCAGCCAUGGCAUACUUUGGGAGAAUGCCUUUCUCACGAGAUGAAGUUCAUGAAGGGCAGGCUGAGGGCCAAGCAGCUUAUUCAAUGUACCAUUCUGAUUCUGCUGGACAGGUCAGUCUAGGAUUUGAUCAAAUAGCUGAUGAAGUCAGGAAUGAAUUUUUUUUUUAUGGUUCAUCACAUAUGCAUCAGCCUGAAGAAAAUUUUUUCGUGUCAGACAUCUUUGGUUUGAAUGUGCCAGAGAAGCAGUUAUGUGGUCAACCUCCAGUCACUUGUGGUGAACUUUACCUUAGACAUCCUUCAUCUCACUGGUACCAAGGCGCUGCGUCACCCGGGAUUGGCUUCAGAUCUUCCUUACUGUCUGAUUACAGAAAUUUCUCUGUGGUGGAUUCCUACCCAUAUAGUGAAGAAAGAGAAAACUACAGAAGGAAUAGCGUAAUUCCAGUCGCAAACAUAUUUGAUUCAAAUGUGAAGAGAGGCAACAAAAAUCUGAAUUUUCGGGUAGGCUUUGACAAUGUAGAUGCUCAAUAUCCCAUCGUUUUAGACAACUAUCCAUUCGGACAAGGAGUAAGAGACGAAAGUGGAAAUGGAGAAGCUCUUUCAACCAACACUUCAGGAAGAUUCAGCGUAGGACCUACCUGGCCCAGUGGCUCUGGACAGGACAGAGAGGCUGCAGGUUGGUCUAUCCAACUGGUUGAAGCGAAGCAAGGGAGUAAUGAAAACGCAGUUGCUUUUUGCAAUGCAGUGGGGAAAAUAAGAAAUGCCUAUCCUGCUUCUGACUUAAAGACAAAUACUGGGAAAAUCUGGAGUAUCACAACAAGGUUCCCAGACCAUAUCCUUGGUAAAUCAAAAUUCAGAAUCAGCGUUUGGACAAAUUCUUCACCAUAUCCACUGCUUCUUACACAAAGUGCUGGCUGUAUCACUCAUGACUUAAUUGUAGAGAUCCUCAGUUGCACAAAUCAAUACCCAGUCCAGGAGGAAUGUUUUCUAAGUGUUUGCGGGUCUGAUGAAUUCUUACAAAACAAUCAUCCUCUGGGUAGCCACGAGAGUCUUCGCAAGUCAGCCACCUGCAUUCAGCUUCAGCUACAUAUCACUGCUAAUUUGAAGCAAAGUUUGGCUCGAACGCAUGAGGAUGACCAAAGACAGUUCAAUCUGAAUCAGCUGUUGGAAUAUACUUGUGCUUGGAGACUGACUCGACAGAACCUUGUCUCAAUUAUUAUGAAAUACAGAGGUCAAGUGGAGUAUCUAUUGCAAAAUGAGCAUGGAGCGGAUAAUGUGAUUGAAGCAGCUAAAGCAAUCUGCAGUGCCCUCUGUUUUGUGGAAACCAGAGCCAUUACUGAUGCAGUCAAGAAACUCCGUGCAGUGCCAUUGGCAAAAGCACAGAAUUCACUUCAAAGUGUGGAAAUGCCAGGCAAAGCAUUAAUAGAGGAUGCUGUGACUGAGCUCUCUAUGGCCAUCUUUUGCCUCAUCCAUGUUUACAGCAGCAGCUUUGAUGCAGGUUUUCAGCUUGCCAGCAUACCUAAAAGUCCCUCAUGCGCAGACAUCAGCCUACAUUCCCAGCUCAGCUUCACUGUUUAUGCUGCCCAUAACAUCCCAGAAGCCUGGGUGAACAGCUACAAAGCUUUUUCUUUUUCCUGUUCACUAAUGUAUGCUGGGAAGACAAUAUGUCAAGUGAAGAUUUGCAAAAGUAUACCAGUUAAAAAAUCCUUCUUUUUCCUUGCAGACUGGAAUGAGACUGUACUUUUUGCUUUAGAACUUGAAUCUGUAAAAAAGACAAAUGGGAAGACAGUUAAAGUACUUGGAGUAAACAGUGCGUCUAAAAAUACAGAAGUGCUUGCUUGGACAUGCUGCCCAUUGUAUCCAAAGCGGCGAUUCAUUCAUGGAACUGUGCUGCUUAGCAUGACACUAUACAGCAUGUUUCCAACAACAAUGAUUGCCCCAGGCAUCUGCAGUACUGAUAUUGCAGCCCCAGUAACAUUGCAGAUUGACUUUCCAGAAAGUAAUUUGGAGUUCAUUAAACCUGAACCUGAAGAGAAAAGAGAUGAUCUUGAAGAGCCAGCAGAGGAGUGCCUGAAGCCUAUUGCAAGACUUUCACAGACACAUUCUCUCUUGCUACUCUCAGAGCAAAAUAGAAGAGUAUUAUGGUUUUAUCGUUACUACUGCAAUAAUCAAAAUUGCUCCCUACCUUUGGUACUGGGCAGUGCACCCAGUUGGGAUCGAACAACUGUGUCAGAAACGUAUGCUGUGUUGAGGAGGUGGAGAUUUUCUAACCCUCUGGAGGCGCUUGGGCUCCUCACUUUCAGUUUUCCAGAUCAAGAUAUUCGCAGAACAGCAGUCCAACAAAUAGAAAAUCUGUCAAAUGAUGAAUUGUUAGAAUACCUCCCACAGCUGGUUCAGGUGCUCAAGUUUGAAUGGAGCCUUGAAAGCCCUCUAGUGAAACUCUUGCUGAAUCGCUCUCUUCAGAGCAUCCAAGUAGCCCAUCAACUUUACUGGCUGUUGAAGAAUGCCCAGAAUGAAGCUCAUUUCAAAAUCUGGUAUCGGAAACUACUGGCUGCUCUCCAGUUCUGUGCUGGAGAAACCCUGAACAAUGAGUUUGAUAAGGAGAGAAAACUUAUCAGAAUUCUGGAAGACAUUGCUGAAAAAGUAAAAGCUGCCAGUGACCCUAAAAGAAAGGAGGUGCUAAAGAUGGAACUCAACAGACUUCAGCAAUUCUUCCAGGAGGUUCAAGUUUGUCGACUUCCCCUGAAUCCUGCACUUGUUGUGCAAGGCAUAGAGGCAGAUUCAUGCUCAUAUUUUACAUCCAAUGCUUUCCCACUAAAAAUCUCCUUCGUCAAUGCAAAUGCUCCAAGUGGAAACAUCAAUAUUAUUUUUAAGAUAGGGGAUGAUCUACGUCAGGAUAUGCUAGUUCUGCAGAUUAUUCGAGUGAUGGACAGCAUUUGGCUCCAAGAGGGACUAGAUAUGCAAAUGAUCAUUUAUAGAUGUUUAUCUACAGGAAAAGGCCAAGGAUUGGUACAGAUGGUACCAGAUGCUACCACGCUAGCCAAGAUCCACAGGGAGUCUGGACUGAUCGGACCAUUGAAAGAAAACACAAUUAAAAAAUGGUUCCGUCAUCACCAUCCUUUGGAAUCAAGUUAUCAAGAGGCAAUAAGGAAUUUCUUCUAUUCCUGUGCUGGCUGGUGUGUUGUUACCUUCAUCUUGGGAGUCUGUGAUCGACACAAUGACAACAUAAUGCUGACAAGUGCUGGGCACAUGUUCCAUAUAGAUUUUGGAAGAUUUUUAGGUCACGCACAGACAUUUGGAAGCAUAAGAAGGGACCGAGCUCCCUUCAUCUUCACAUCAGAGAUGGAGUAUUUCAUCACAGAAGGUGGAAAAAAUCCACAACGCUUCCAAGAGUUUGUGGAGCUUUGUUGUCGAGCUUAUAAUAUAGUCAGGAAACACAGCCAGUUACUUUUGAACCUGCUGGAGAUGAUGCUGCAUGCAGGAUUGCCUGAGCUAAAUAGCAUUCAGGAUCUGAAGUACGUGUAUGACAACCUUCGUCCCCAGGACUCAGACCUGCAGGCCACAAGCUACUUUACAAGGAAAAUAAAGGAAAGUUUGGAGUGCUUUCCUGUCAAACUCAAUAACCUGAUCCACAUACUUGUACAGAUGUCAGUGACAGGCUCUGCCAAGCCUGCAGCUCCGGAGAUUGUUCCCCAAGAAUGGAUCGUGCUGGACGCAGAGAAAGCAAUUGCAAGAGCAACCGUUUUAGGGUUCAACAAAAAGCCUCACUCCCUGUAUCUAGUCCAGGUGGUGCAAACCUGCAAUGUGGUCACUUUUGUGGAAAAAUCAUUCGACCAGUUCUCAAAACUUCACAGCCGUCUCCAGAAGCAAUUUCCAUCACAUACCCUCCCAGAGUUUCCCCACUCGCAGCAUUUACCUUUUCCAGGUCUUGAACAUAAAAGAGUGAAGGAUUUGAAUCUCUAUCUGAAGCAGUUAUUAAGUGGAUCCAGGAAACUGGCUAAUAAUGAGCUUGUACUCAGCUUCUUCCUGAAUUGGUCCAAAAAUACAUUCACAGAAGAAUCAUCAUCUGUGAUCUUAGGUCCUCAAUCAACUGAUCAUAAGCCUGGCGUACAAUUACUCAUAUCCUAUGAGGGCACCCAACUGACAAUAAUGUUGAAACAUAUGAGGAACAUUCAUCUCCCAGAUGGGUCUGCCCCAAGCGCACAUGCUGAAUUUUAUCUUUUACCAGAUCCUGAUGAGGUCAAUCGAAGGAAAACAAGAACCGUUCCAAAAAGCACUGACCCUACUUACAAUGAAAUUGUUGCAUAUGACAGAGUCACAGAGCUCAAAGGACGUAUACUGAAGCUUGUUGUGAAAAGCAAAGGAACAUUUGUGGGAGCUGUUAACAUUCAACUGAGCAGUGUCCGGUUAAAUGAAGAAAAGUGGUAUCCACUGGGAAACAGUAUAAUUUAAAUAUUGUCUAAGAUAAUUCAAUUAUUUAUCCACUAAUGUUUCUUUAUCCCAUUUCCCAUGGUAGGUUUUGUCUCAGUUGCUCUUGAGAAUAUGCAGUUAUCCGCUGAUCACAUGCCUUAACAUUUCUAAUCAUAAGGCUAUUUUUUUUAAAUUUCUGCCAUCUUCAUACAACAUGUUCCUGUUAGUGUGGGUAAGAAAUCACAUGCUAAGAACUUGCAGCAGCAUGCAGGAAAGUCUUAUAGCAGUAAUAAAGUAUUUUUGUUUUAUUUUUAUUAAAUACUACUGUAAAAAUACUGAUAUUCUGUACAUAUCAAACCAUAGGUCAAAGCCUAAUUCUGAGCCCAUAUGAGUCAGUGACGAUCUCUCCACUGACUGUUUCAAAACAAUGCUGAUACUGGUGUAAUUUAUCAGGGUUCACUGUGACCCACUCACUGCGUAUGGUGAUUCACCAGAGGUCCUGGGGAUGGUUCCCUGGGUACCAAUACAUUUCAAACAUCUAACAUAUUUCAUAUUAAAUGUUACAGAAUCAAUGCAUUAAAAAAAAAAAAAACCUUUAAAAGUUGCACUUCAGGUAUUUUGUGCAGUAUAUGUUGGUGUACUUUUAACUGUUAAUAUAAUGUAACUUUCAAUCCAGGAUAUUCAUUUGGCAGUAAGAUACUUCAUCAUUUCUUUUAUUCUGACAUCCAAGAAGCAGAUAUAAAUGGUCAUUUGUGAGGAGGAGGAGGGAGAGGUUAAUAUUGAUGAAUAAAUAAAACAUUGAAUGUAAAGUUUCAGCAUAGCAUUUAUUUAAGAUCACGCUGCAGGAAAUCUUUGUUCACUAGCCUUACUCCAUUGCAUACUUAUGCUGCAUAAGAGAAACCAGUCAAUACAUACAUGGAGAGCUAUAUAUAUAUGUGAACAUGAGUGGUACCUUUGAGUUCACUGGAACUAAUUAUGGGCUCUGUUCUUCAAAGCAUUUUUACAUAAACCAAGGAACCAUUUGCCCACAUCUUUAAGCACUUAGCAUGGAAACAGCAGUAAUGAACUGUACAUUAAUGCCAGCCUCUUACACACACACAGUUGAGCGCGUAUAUAAAGCUUUCCAGAAUCAAGGGCACGUUUUUAAUGCACAGGAGCCACUUUCAUUUGUGAUCUGGUCUGAUCUGUAAAAGUUUAAGUUACCAUAUAGUGAGUAGGUCUGACGUUUGUCCUGCUAGGUGGAAAAGCAGUCAACAGAGGGAUAAUAAUGCCAAAGGCUAAAGAUAAUUGCCUUGUUCCCCCUAAGGAGACUCACAAAUCAGACUUUGGAAGGUAACACAUACAGUUCCUGAACUGGCACUAGGAGUGCAGUUUAGGAAUCCAAAUAAGCUGGAGUUUUUCUUCAGCACCAAACCAGUUGCCUAUGUCACUUGGGCAGCUUGUCUCCCAGAACGGAUCCACCAGAUUGCCUGCAGAGUUUAAAUACCUCCUCAGUAAGAGGAGAUAAGAGGAGGUGGGGGGAAACUCUCCUUGCGUAUUAUUAUUAUUAGGAUUUUUCAUUGCUGAAAAAAGCUAUAAAAUAUUUACCACAUGAAAAGGAUACUGGCUAGCAUUCAGAUAUAAUCAGUGCAAAGAUCAAUAAGUCUAACAUUUUAGAUUACAGGCUUUCCUGGGUAAAGAAACAAGUGACUUGCCACUCAAGCACAGAAAACAUUGUGCCCAGCUUACAAUGUUAUCAAAUUACCUGACCUUACAGUUCAAUAUUGAUUUCAGAUUCUUCUUAGACUACUGUCUUGGUUUCUUAUUAUAACUUUAAUGCAAUUUCCUAAUAGUGUUAUUUCCUGUGACAUUUUCUAAUCAUUGUUUACAGCAUGCCCUAAUUUUCCAUCUUAGAGCAACACAGAUGUUUUUUUAUGAAGGAUGUGUGACUAAAAAUAGCAUUAAAACAUAAUAUUAUCAGAACGGUCUGAAAACAUAGGCAGUACUGUUUGGUAUUAAAGGAACUCAUAAAUGUAGUCCUUUGGAAAAAAAUCUGUGUGUGAGUAACACAUCUGCAGUUAGCUGUGUGGAUACAGUCCUGUGGAAGCUCAACAAUUCUUCAGUUUUGUAAGGAAAAUGGGAAAAUUCUGUCUUAUGGGCAAGAUCUACACUGAUAGUUAUGUCAGGCACGAAGUUGCUCUCAGAGAACUUAAAUCACACAAUCAACCCUUGGGUUUUCUACACUGGUUCUUCUAGUCCACCUCAAAGCUGCCCAUUGUUUUCCUGUUUCCUGAGUUCACAGGAAGAUGUAUCCUAAGCUCCCUGCUGCUAUGACGAACAGAGCCCUAUAUAAAUCAGUCCAUGUAUUAUUUGUCUAUAUCUUUAACAGUAGGAGGUUCAAGACUAGGCUGAGAAAAGGUACCAAUAUUAGCAUCUGAGUUUUUAUCAUUUUAAGAGCCGUUUUUCUGAAGACUAUUUUUUCAAAGGUAGCAAAAUGACAGCGGAAAUUUAAUGAGUUAUCUUAUCUCCCAAUCAGAAGCUGCCGUUAUUAUGAAUUUAAAGGGUAAAUUGUAUGUGUCAUUUUUCCCAUUUCCUUGAAAAGACUGAUUGUACAAUAGUUAAAGCUUUUGCUCAGUAAAAAUAAAAAAUUCACUGUAACAUGCUCAUAAUUUUUGAAGUCUGAGAUCAUAAAUAUUAAACCAUUAUUCUCAUUCAGUAAUUAAUCAUAAUUUUGCAAUUAGCUGCAAAUAAAAUUAUUAAUUGAAUUCCACAAAGUGUCCUAAAAAAGUUCAAUCCUUCUGAAUUAUUUCUAAAUUACAGCAGGGCCCAGUUCUGUUGCCAUUACUUAUUUAGGAUGCCAUUUACUCACACAAGAAGUCCCAUUAUCUUAAUAAAAUCAUUGAGAACAUGCCACUCUGGAAAUCAGACCACUGGAUUGUUGCAAGCCUUGUGAUGUCUGCUUUAUUGAGCAGGGUGCGGUGCUUCAAAACUACUGCUACGGCGGA